UGGCUCAAUGAAUACGCCCCUGCUGUAGUUUAGCAAACUGCAGUAACGUUACUAUGCUAGCUAACGUUAGCUAUAGUUAACUGGGUGCCAGGUCGUAAGCUACACAUUUCAUUACCUCAACAGUGUGUAGUCGUCCACAGCUGAUUUGUCCGGUAUAAUGGAUUUUAAGCCAUGGAACAAAUGCAUUUUCUGAGGACGUCAUUACCCUGGACCCAGGUUGCUCCUCUCACCUUCCCAAAACUCUGCCCCUGCGGUCUGUGGUCCACAUUUUUAAUGAAGAGGAGGGCUGAGGAUUCUGGCCCAAGGAAGGAAAGACACCGGUUGUAGUUGGUUCCGGUGAUGUGCCAUGGGCUACGACGUCACCCGGUUCCAGGGGGAAGUGGAUGAGGACCUGCUGUGCCCCAUCUGCAGUGGAGUCCUAGAGGAGCCCGUUCAGGCCCCUCACUGUGAGCACGCCUUCUGCAAUGCCUGCAUCACCCAGUGGUUCUCGCAGCAGCAGAUAUGCCCCGUGGACCGCAGCGUGGUGACGCUGGCCCACCUGCGCCCCGUGCCCCGCAUCAUGCGCAACAUGCUCUCCAAGCUGCAAAUCAACUGCGACAACGCCGGCUUUGGCUGCGUUGCCGUGCUGCGCCUGGACCAGCUGCAGUCUCACCUCAGGGACUGCCAGCACAACCCCAAGAGGCCCGUCCAGUGCGAGCAGGGCUGCGGUCUGGAGAUGCCUAAAGAUGAAGCGUCUAGCCAUAACUGCAUCAAACACCUGCGCAGCGUGGUGCAGCAACAGCAGGGCAAGAUCGCAGACCUGGAGAAGGCCUCUGCUGAACACAAGCACCAGCUAGCGGAGCAGAAACGGGACAUCCAGUUACUGAAGGCGUACAUGAGGGCCAUCCGCAGUGCCAACCCCAACCUGCAGAACCUGGAGGACACCAUUGAGUACAAUGAGAUUCUGGAGUGGGUGAACUCCCUCCAGCCGGCUCGCGUCACCCGCUGGGGCGGCAUGAUCUCAACGCCAGACGCUGUCCUCCAGGCGGUCAUCAAACGCUCACUCAUCGACAGCGGCUGCCCGCCUUCCAUCGUCAACGACCUUAUCGAGAAUGCCCACGAGAGGAACUGGCCCGCCGGCCUGGCCACGCUGGAAACGCGGCAGAUGAACCGGCGCUACUAUGAGAAUUACGUGGCCAAGCGUAUCCCGGGGAAACAGGCGGUGGUGGUGAUGGCCUGUGAGAACCAGCAUAUGGGGGAGGACAUGAUCCUGGAGCCAGGCCUGGUCAUGAUCUUUGCCCAUGGGGUGGAGGAGAUACUAUGACCCGGCUGGGGAUGGUGGAGAGCAGAGAGGGGGAGACUGACUGACCUGAAUUGAACAAAGGCGAGGAGGGAGCAGCGGAUGCUAUGACACUUAUGUCUGCGUACUGAAUGGCACCCUAUUCCCCAUAGGCCCUGGUCAAAAGUAGUGCAACUAUAUAGGGAAUAUGGUGCCAUUUUGAAUGUAGCCUAUGACACAGCAAGAGCAGGGGAAAAUCCUAUGACAGGGCAGGUUUUAAGAAGAUGAUAUGACACCAAUAGAAGGCUUUAGAGGGUUAACUAUGACAAUCGGGGGUAUGGUAGUAUCGAGUGGGGGUGUUGGAGGGACAGGUAAAAAUUGUUGGGGGGGAGGGAGAAAGUCUCCAACUAAGAGGGAAGAGGAAAUAGAAGUGUGAAGGGUAAACGUCCUGAAGAAGACACACUAAAUCAGGAUUACCCUGCUCUCUCUGCCUUAAACACGUUUUUUAUUUAGGGAAAUUAAAACUUAACAUGGAUUGAUCAGUCAUAGGAACAAACAAACAAACAAGAUUGUAGCAUAAUCUGCCUUCUCCCCGCCCCCACUGCUGCUGACAAAAUAUCCCAUUGGCUGACUAUAAUGAGAUGACUCAUCGGCCCCCUCCAUAGCUUCCAGUUAUAUAUGACUCAUAGAGAAUUAUAGAGGCCUCUAGUGGCCAAAAGGCUGUAUUAGCAUGGGCAGCGCCAUUGAGGCCUUCCACCAUUUUAAUGUCGUCAACUGUGUGGGACUUCCAACAUCAUUGGCUGGUGAACCUGUUGGAGUCAUGUCCAAAAUUGACUACUUCAAAAUUGAGAUUGCCUCAAUGGCACUGCCCAUGCUUUCAGAUGCUAUAAUGGCACAGAAACAAGGAGUCCUUUCUCUUUAUGGUAUGACUUCAUCAGAAACUCAUUUAUCAAUAAUAAAGCUAACAUAUAUGCAAUCUAAGCAUACUUCAUUGCAAAGUCCAAAAACAUUUUAAUUUUUUUAUUGAGACUAUCUGUUAGGUUUAAAGUCAACACAUUUCUUCAGAUUGUUCUGAAGAAACUCAGGACCCCUUUGAGACAGAUGUUUUCUUUAGCUCUCUGUAUCUAUUACCAUGGCAUUCUCUCUUUGGGCCAGAAAAUGUGGGUUAUUUCCUUCUUAGGAGAAGGAAUGCAUGCUGGGAUUGGUUAAUUGAAUCCUAUUGGAUGUGCUCCGCUAUAUGUGAGCCCAGGGAGGCACAUAGAAAGGGGGAACUGGUGAACAUAAACACAGAGCACGUGGAUCGCCAUUGUUUGCAAGGACGUUUGGACCAACUACAUUUCCCAUCAUUACUGCAUCACCUUCCUCUUUGUCAACAACAGACCUUGUUCCUCCUUGGGAUGCAGAGCUGAUCAAGAAUGUCACUCAAACGGUGGGAAAAGGAGUAGUGAAUGGACAGAGUCCUGGUGAAUGGUGUGGACUUGAUUUUUUUUAAUUAAAAAAAUUGACGGACUUGAGUUUCAUGCCUUAUAUUUUUGUAAAGUUAUUGUGUAUUUGAUUUUCUGAGUUAUUGAGUGUCCUAUGUUGAACUUUUUCUUUCAUGAUGCUAUCUAUAUAGUUGGUGUGAAGUGGGUCCAAUUUGUAUGAAAACAAAGCAUUUAUCCACAGCAAUUAUGUAAAAAUUUACAUCAACCAAAAGUCUUCGGUUUUUGUUAAAUUAUUUUAAUUUGGUUUACCUUGUCAAAAAGCAUAAACCUAACACCACCAUAUGUCAUGUAGCUUAUUCUAAUAUUUUGUGUCCAGUCAUACAUUAAGUACUUCUCUGUGGCGUUGGUGAUUUGUAAUGUUGUUCCCGGAUGAGGUUAGGGGAUUUGUCACCCUAACAGUUUAGACUAUUCUGGCUUAAAUCAUUCAAGCAGUGGUAGUCUACUGGCAUGCUUUCAUUUCAGCAUUUUUAUUGAUUAUUGUAUAACUCACUUGUUCGUUUGCGAACAAAACUAUUGAUUUGUGUUACUUCCAAACACCAACUAAUGAACACAAGUUCACACACACAUUUUACCUCAGCUUAUUCUGGAAAUGAAUUAAAUUCAUUUUCUGGGGGUGACUGAAUAAAAAUGGACACACACUCAGAGGAAGUAGUUGAAGCUUAACCAAGGUCUAGACUCCUCCUGAGAGCUGCUACAAAGCUGGAACAGCCUUAAUCCACUUCCUCACUCUGCAUGGCUGGCUCUCUUUGCUCUGUCAGUUAGGUGCCUUGAUAUGAUACAUGUAUGGAACUAAAACUCCGGUCCUGAAGGGCUGUGUGUCGAGCCAAGUAUACAUCUCAAGCUGUUUUUUUUUUUACAUUUCCUUUAAUGGUAUUGAACUCUUCUUUUGGAUACCCAAAUCAAAGGCUUGUAAAGUGAUUUGAAGUAAUGGGGUUAGUGAGAUGAGAUCACUAAGUAGCUUGUCGAGCAUAGGUACACACAAACAUCCCUCCAAGACUUGCGUUUCAGAUCCUUGCUAUUAUUCUUUGUAGUGUUAUGUGGCUUUGUCACCUGUGCAGAUUCAGUUAGAAUCAAUGGUAUGAAUAGAGGGCUUUGUUGUCUUUUCCUAGAGGAUGGAUGAACUACAAUACGGUCAACAAAAAGGAGAUGGACAAAGUGUUGAUAAAACUUCUGAAUAAUUAAUGAAGGAUUAAUGGCUAGAACCUCCACUUUGCUAUUCAGAAAUGUAGAAAGCAAUGAGAGACUGGGAAAAUAUGUAUUUUGACGUUAAAUACUGCAAUCUAGGGUGUAUUUACUAGGAACCAAAUGCAAGCAAACGGGUCAAAACGAGGACGGAUAGACCUGAACUUGUCCAAUAAGAAGGGCUGGUUUUAGUUUCAAUGUUUUCUGUUGCGAAAAGUUUUGCUACAUGCCCUUAGGAAUACACCCCUGUAGUCAAGAACUGACUGGGGUGUAUUCAUUAUGUCUUGCAAUGGAAAUGUUUACCGUUUGAUGCUAACAGGGAGGGCCCUACCUGAAUUUGUCCAAUAGAAACUAGUUUUCAUUGCAAAACAUCUUCCGUUUGCAGUGAACGGGAUUGCAACAGACAUAACGUUUGCAACAGAAUCCGUGUAAUGAAUACACCUGUCUGCCUUUUUCACUUAUUCAUAUACACUAGUCUUGUGAAUGUUGUGUGUGUUACUGUGAUGAUGAUGAUUAAUAAUACCACAGAACUGGGAAAGAAUUACACAUUUAUUGUAAAUUUAAGAUUUAUUGUAAAUAACUCGCUAUCACAUCAAUAUACAUAUACUGAGGCACUUCGAUUUCUGUAUCUAUCCAUAUACAUUUUGAUUUUGUGAGAUUUGUGGUUUCAUUAAAAGCUGAUAAGAAUUCCUGGUUGUUUGGAAUGUUGUAUUAUGUUAAUUGUAUUUUUAUUACUCAACCUUUUGUAUAUAUAAAUAAGGGAAUAAAAUGUAUUUCCAAAUACAAGGGGAAAUCUUUCCCGUGAAAAACAUUCAAGUAUAAAGGCCUAAACCA